AACAACGGAAAGAAACGCAAGAUGUGUGUCUUCAGCUGUGCAGCGUGGGUUCUCUUUUACAUAUACGGGACCAUUUUGCCGGCCUUUUACACAUUCAAGGCUGUGUCGAAUGGCACUCAAAAGGACCUCACGCCCUGGGCUAAGUAUUGGAUUGUGUAUGCCUUCAUUGCAACCUUUGAGGUGCUGGCCGAUAUGUUUAUCUCGUGGGUUCCACUGUAUGGCAUCACCAAAAUGGCGUUGAUAUUUUGGAUUGGUCACACGGCGCCAGCUGCCAAUGUGUGGAUUUUUAAUUCGAUCCUGGGUCCAUUGCUCUUUAAGCAUCAGAAGCAGAUCGAUCACUUCUUGCAACGGGGCAAGCAGCAGAUGCUAAACGAGUUCUUCAUUUGGGCAACGCAGAUUAUCAUCCGAAGCCGAAAGACUGUACUGCCCCUUAUCUGCGGCGUUUUUAAACGCUCUGGGAAUUCCAUUGGAAUGUCGCAAGAGGCCACUGAUGCAGACGGUCUGGAGGAAUGCGAGUUGUCAAAUAACCGGGAAGCUGUCCCCAAUAUAUAUCCUGACCCCGAAAUGUAUGCUGAAAAACUGACUUUAUCGUCAGCCGUAGCCGUAGCCGGUACACCGGUGGCUCACUCGUCUAAGGAUUCAUCUGGCGAGCUGGAUAAGAAAAAUGGCUUGCCUACGGAAUCAUCCGGGACCUCUCUAAGCCGCGGCCACCGCAAGCGUUUGUUGCGUUCCUCCAAUACGAAGAAUGAAAUUGAGGAUCUACCGGCAGUACCAAUUCCGAAGGAAGAAGAUAACGAAGAAACAGAGGAUCUGCUAGCCAAGUCACAAAAGGAGGGCAAUGGCUGGACAUUCAGACAAUUUUUGAAUCCUCGAAGCAGUAAAUUUUAAUCAGUCCUAACUUUCUACGCUAUUCAAGUACAGUACCUAAGAUCAAAUCGUCGUCAAAAUGUUCGGUACUCAUUCAACCAAAACAAAAAACUCAACUACGCAGAAACACACAAUUUGAAUCAAAAGCUAAUAUCAAACUCACCGAAACUGGACGCUUAGGCCAAUGUAAUACCUUGGCGAUCAGGCUCAUCUCAACCACAUCCCUUUUUACUGCAUAGAGACGGCACCGCGAAAAGUUUGCGAACUUUUCAUCAACAGCAAAGCACUGGACAUUGGUGAACUUGGCAAUACCACGGACCUAAGAAGAUCAGAUUCGUAAAUCGAAACAUAACCAGAGGUGAGUGCUCCAAACUUGCCUGGAGAAUAUGCCAAAGCCCAAUCCAAACGAAGAGGUGGCCCCACAAAGUGGCCAUAACCGAAGACAGGGAAAAACUCUUUAUGACUGAACCAAUCAGUCUUCAAAACGAAUGUGAUGUGCCAUCGAAAACCAAUUCAUGCGAAAAAUAAAGCUGAUACAAAUCAAA